AUGGCAGUACUGAUGCGAUCGGUGGUGCGAUGGCAUACCCUGAGGGUGAUGUUGUUGACAUCGAUGGUAUGGCUCAUUGUAGGCAUAUGUCUCUUAGUCUAUUACAUGGAGUGUUUGGCUCACAAUGCCUUCAAUUGCAACACUAACUCACAAUUGAGUGACAAUAACGCCAAAAGUAACCUAAGAUUCAGUGAUGAAUCCAAUGACUAUCUCAAUGAUAACAGUGUCCACGACUUUGUCGCUAACCAAAGAGCAGACAAUAGUUUUUUACCUCAUUAUAAACCCAUUCAACUGAAGCCAUGGACUCCAAGAGUGCUGAAGUCUAAUCCGUCGCAUUGGUUGGGAGAGAACGGAAAGGCUGUGAUUAUCGGCAAAGACGAAGAAGAGCUGAAGAAUGAAAAGUUUAAUCUCAAUAAAUUCAAUCUCUUGGCCUCCGAUCGCAUUGCUCUCAACCGAUCUCUUCCUGACGUCCGAAUGGAUGGAUGCCGUCGCAAACAUCACCCAAAACUGCUUCCCUCCACGUCUAUUGUAAUCGUAUUUCAUAACGAAGCCUGGAGUACCCUAUUGCGCACCGUUCAUAGUAUUAUCCGCACGUCUCCGGAGGCACUCAUUGAAGAGAUUCUGUUAGUGGACGACGCGAGUGAAAGAGUCAUAUCAAUUGCAAUACUCCAAGACAUCAAGACAUCGCGACACAAGACAUUUGCCACUCAGACUACCACUGACUCGAUGAGCGCGGUACUGAUGCGAUCGGUGGUGCGAUGGCAUACCCUGAGGGUGAUGUUGUUGACAUCGAUGGUAUGGCUCAUUGUAGGCAUAUGUCUCUUAGUCUAUUACAUGGAGUGUUUGGCUCACAAUGCCUUCAAUUGCAACACUAACUCACAAUUGAGUGACAAUAACGCCAAAAGUAACCUAAGAUUCAGUGAUGAAUCCAAUGACUAUCUCAAUGAUAACAGUGUCCACGACUUUGUCGCUAACCAAAGAGCAGACAAUAGUUUUUUACCUCAUUAUAAACCCAUUCAACUGAAGCCAUGGACUCCAAGAGUGCUGAAGUCUAAUCCGUCGCAUUGGUUGGGAGAGAACGGAAAGGCUGUGAUUAUCGGCAAAGACGAAGAAGAGCUGAAGAAUGAAAAGUUUAAUCUCAAUAAAUUCAAUCUCUUGGCCUCCGAUCGCAUUGCUCUCAACCGAUCUCUUCCUGACGUCCGAAUGGAUGGAUGCCGUCGCAAACAUCACCCAAAACUGCUUCCCUCCACGUCUAUUGUAAUCGUAUUUCAUAACGAAGCCUGGAGUACCCUAUUGCGCACCGUUCAUAGUAUUAUCCGCACGUCUCCGGAGGCACUCAUUGAAGAGAUUCUGUUAGUGGACGACGCGAGUGAAAGAGACUUUUUAGGCAAAGAGUUAGAGGAAUAUGUAUCGAAAUUAUCGGUUUCCGUUCGGGUGCUCCGGACGGGCAAACGGUCGGGUCUAAUACGGGCCCGACUUAUCGGCGCUAAGGAAGCCAAAGGACAAGUCAUUACUUUCUUAGACGCUCACUGCGAGUGCGCUAAGGAAGCCAAAGGACAAGUCAUUACUUUCUUAGACGCUCACUGCGAGUGUACGAAGGGAUGGCUCGAACCACUUCUCUCCAGAAUUGUUGAGGACAGAACUCGAGUCGUGUGUCCUAUAAUUGAUGUGAUAAGUGAUGAGAACUUUGAGUACAUCCCGGCCUCUGAUAUGACUUGGGGUGGAUUUAAUUGGAAACUCAACUUCCGAUGGUAUACUAAGGGAGGGAAUGGUAUGUUAUACAUCCCGGCCUCUGAUAUGACUUGGGGUGGAUUUAAUUGGAAACUCAACUUCCGAUGGUAUCGCGUUCCUCAGAGAGAACUCGACCGCCGAAAGAAUGAUCGGACGCUUCCGGUGAGGACACCAACAAUGGCCGGCGGGUUGUUCUCAAUGGAUAAGCAAUACUUUGAGUCAUUGGGAAAAUACGACGAAGGGAUGGAUAUCUGGGGCGGAGAGAACCUUGAGCUCAGUUUCCGCAUCUGGAUGUGUGGCGGGACCCUUGAGAUCGUCACGUGUUCACACGUGGGACACGUAUUCCGGAAGUCGACGCCGUAUACCUUUCCGGGCGGUACGAGUAAAAUAGUGAAUCACAAUAACGCGAGACUCGCAGACGUAUGGCUCGACGAAUGGAAAGACUUUUAUUAUGCUAUAAAUCCGUUGGCAAAGAAGACAGAGAUGGGCGACACUGAGUCACGAAAGCAGUUGAGACGAGAUCUUCAGUGCAAAAGCUUUCGAUGGUAUUUGGAGAAUAUAUAUCCCGAGAGUUCGAUGCCUUUAGACUACUAUUCCUUAGGAGACAUUAAAAACAUUGAAAACAAUAACUGUUUGGAUACUUAUGGCCGCAAAAGUGGUGAGAACUUA